CGGGCCGAGCGCGAGGAGCGGGAGCAGCAGGAUGGCGGCGGCGGGCGAGGCGCGCCGGGUGCUGGUGUACGGCGGCAGGGGCGCGCUGGGCUCCCAGUGCGUGCAGGCGUUCCGGGCCCGCAACUGGUGGGUGGCCAGCAUCGACGUGGUGGAGAAUGAAGAGGCCAGUGCCAGUGUCGUCGUCAAAAUGACAGACUCGUUCACCGAGCAGGCUGACCAGGUGACUGCUGAGGUCGGAAAGCUCUUGGGUGAAGAGAAGGUGGACGCAAUCCUGUGUGUGGCUGGAGGAUGGGCCGGGGGCAAUGCCAAGUCCAAGUCUCUCUUCAAAAACUGUGACCUGAUGUGGAAGCAGAGCAUGUGGACGUCCACCAUCUCCAGCCACCUGGCCACCAAGCACCUCAAGGACGGAGGCCUCCUGACCUUGGCCGGCGCCAAGGCUGCCCUGGACGGGACCCCUGGGAUGAUCGGCUACGGCAUGGCCAAGGGCGCCGUCCACCAGCUGUGCCAGAGCCUCGCGGGGAAGAACAGCGGCAUGCCGCCCGGCUCUGCGGCCAUCGCGGUGCUCCCGAUCACCCUGGAUACCCCCAUGAACAGGAAGUCAAUGCCCGAGGCCGACUUCAGCUCCUGGACGCCCUUGGAGUUCCUUGUGGAAACCUUCCAGGACUGGAUCACAGAGAAAAACCGACCAAGCUCAGGGAGCCUCAUCCAGGUGGUGACGACGGGAGGGAAGACGGAACUGACCCCGGCGUAUUACUAGGCUUCCUGUCGGCGCCUGGGCGGGACCUGCCAGAAGAGUCUCCGCACCUCAGUGUCGCCGCGUCUGGCCCGUGUUCGCUGUGAUCCUGUUUGUGGGACGAGACGGCGAGACCCGAUUUUCUCUCACCUAAUGUGCGUUUGCUUCCGUGAGACAGUGUGAAAUGUUUGUGUGAAAUAAAAUGUGGGUGGAGGCCUACAGAGAGCCCCGUUGUCCAUCUGUGUUGACCACCGGUUUGGGAGGUCUCUCCAGGGCCCUCUGGGUGGGCGUCAGGUGGACUUGCCUUUGAUACUGUAUCUGCCCCGGCACUGGUGGUCUCCACUAGUACGGAGAUUUAUCGGCACCGGGGACGCCGGGGGCCUGGGUUACUGUCGAGUGCUGUUUGUGUCACAGAUGUAGUAUAGCAGCGCUGAAUUAAACUGCCUUAAAACCCCUCC